GCUUCUUAAAGCUCAAUCAACAUGCCUAUCCCACAUGAUUCAACUCUUAGAUCCUCUUUUGUCCACAGGCAGUCAACUUAGGAGAAGGAAAGGCGCUCUCAAAUGCUGCGUCUAUCCUGGGACUCUAUAGAACGAUGGAGUUUCAUUCCGGUUUAGAAAAUGUAGAUGAAGAUGGAUAUACUCAAUUAGUCUUCAACUCUCGAGUCACCACCAGAACAUGUGUGUUAUCAGAGAAAGGAACCCGUACUGUGUCUCCUCCUUGGCGUCUCAUGGCUGUGACUUUGGGAGUCCUGUGCUUGGUAAUACUGGUGGUAGCUGUGGUCCUGAGUGCCCUGGCUUUUCAGAGAUCCAAUUCAGGGAGCCAACCUUUGAAGAAUGACAACUUUCCAUCAAGAAGUAGAGAGAACCACAAUCAACCCACAAAAUCAUCUUUAGAAGAGAAUGUGGCUCCUACCACGGCCCUCAAAACCACAGGCUUCUUUUCCAGCUCUUGUCCCCCUAAUUGGAUCAUGCACGAGACAAGCUGUUAUCUAUUUAGAACAUCACUAGAUACCUGGAAUGGAAGUAAAAGACAAUGCUCUCAACUGGCCUCUCAUCUCCUGAAGAUAGACAGCUCAGAAGAACUGGCAGAGUUACAGAGACAAAGAGAUCCUCCAUCCACUGGUUCACUCCCCAAAUGGCUGAAACAUCUGGAGCUGGGCCAAUCCGAAGCCAGGAGCUUCUUCCAGGUCUUCUUCCAGGGGCCUAAGGACUUGGGCCAUCUUUAACUGCUUUCCCAGGUCAUAGCAGAGAGCUGGAUCAGAAGUGGAGCAGUCGGGACUCAAACCAGCAUCCAUAUGGGAUACUGGCAUCACAGGUGGUGGCUUUACCAGCCAUGCCACAACACUGGCCCCUUAAUUAAUUUUUUAAAUAACCACAUUUCACUUUAAAACAAAUCCAUUUCAAACACACCCUAUGUCUGCAUGAUUAUUGUAACCAAAUCACUACCCAUUUUAGUAGAUUUACACUGUCAAUUUUUAAAUUUGGUGGAGUAAAAGAGAAAAUUCUACCCUUUGCCAUAAUAAUUGCCAAGAAAAAUAGAAGCUGGAGCAGGUGUUUUGGCACAGAAGGUCAAGCCACUGCUUUGGACACGGACAUCCCAUAUAGCAGUGCCUGGGACCAAGUCCUGCCUCUGCUUUCCAUCCAGCUUCCUUAUUGUGUCUGGGAAGGCAGAAGAUGGUGACGCAAGAACUUUGGAUCCCUGCCACCCACAUGGGAGAUCCCAAUGGAGUUCCUGUUUCCUGGCUUUGACCUGGUCCAGCCUUGGCUGUUGUGGGCAUCUGGGGAAUGAACCAGUAGAUGAAAGAUUCUCUCUCUCUCUCUCUCGCUCUCGCUCUCGCUCUCUUCCUCUCCUCUCUCUGUGUAACCCUGACUUUCAAAUAAAUAAAUAAAUCUUUAAAUGAGUCUCUCAGUUUAUGAUGAACAAAAGGCAAAACACAGAUAAAUUAUGACAAAGGAUAUGGUCAGGUAACAAUUUACACUCAAAAUCUAAUUUAUAACUUCUCCAUCUAGCUUCAUUAUGCUCAAUAUUCUGGUUCUGUACUAUCUUGCCCAACAGUUGCAUUUCACGUUAAAAUUAAUGAAAGUGGGUAUAUGGCCAAGGAAGAAUGUUGUACUAGAAGGCUGUCUGCUUUUAGAGCACUUUGCAAUUGACAAUAAAUUGUCCUGUACUUGUCAACAAUUCAGUUACUUUCAUGGAAUCUCAGACUGCUUUUUACUAAAACAUUUAGAGAGUCUAAAUUAUUUUGAAGUUGUUAUCCAAUGCUAAGAAACAUUUCUUGAUGAACACAGUAUCAAUCUAGAUUUUCAACUUGAGAAGAUAGUAGCCUAUCGUCCAUGAAAGCCACAUUGAGAGCUUAUCACCCAUGGAUUUUGUCAAGUUUGGCUUGAAUGAAGGCAAUACAUUGACAUUAUGAACCUAUUCUAUAUUGGAAAUUGAAUGAUAAUUACUCUAAAGAAACGAAAUAGGCCUUGCGAAACAUUCAAGAAAGAGCCCCUCUCAGCAUGGUUGUCAGUUUAUGCACAUCUCCAUCACCAAAGUGAUUUAAUCUUCCUUGCUUCUUUUUAUUUACAAAUUUAUUUUAUUCACUUGAAAGUCAAGAAUUAAGCAUAUAUAUAUAUAGAGAGAGAGACAGAGUGAUAUCCUCCAUUUGCUGUUUCACUCCCCAAAUGGCCCCAAUGGCCAGAGCUGAGCCAGACCAAAGCCAGGAGCCAGGAGCUUCCUCCAGGUCUCCCACAUGAGUGGCAAGUGCCCAAGCUCUUGGGCCAUCUUCUGCUGCUUUUCCCAAGCACAUUAGCAGGGAGCUGGAUUGGAAGUGGAGCAGCCAGACACAAACCAGAGCCCGUAUGGGAUGCUGGCAUCACAGGCAGCGGCUUCACCCACUCCGCCACAGCAUCAGUCCCUUAUGUUUUUCUUAACAUCUAUAAGUCUAUCAUCUAGCUACCUAUCUAUCUGUCCCCAUGAUGUGUGUUUGUA